CAUAUUCGUUUCAUCGUCAUCCUAAUUCCCCCACAGACUUGGUCUACAGCAUAAACCUAAUCCUCCACGUUCUUCCAUGAUUCUGUCUUCCUCCGUCUAGAUAGCCGGAAAAUGGAGAUUCUUUGGUCUUUCUUCGCCAAAUAUCCUGGAAAUUCCACCGCAUUGGCCUCACCAGUUACAUGACUUUCUUUUCAACGUACUUUUAUGGAUGCUAGAACCGUCUUUUACAUUUGAGAUAGGCAGAGUUUUGUACCAAAGAAGAAAGUGAGAAAAAUGGAGUUCCAGGAGGCUGUGAUGAAGUUGGUGGUCGACGAGACGGUGCGGGGGAACACCAUUUCUCGGGGUGGUAGAGAGAAAGACAAAGGCUCCGUCAGUAGCAGGCGUAAAUGGAGGAUCUCCUUCUACAGGUCAUCGUCUAAUGGAUCGAAGCCCCAACAGAAGCAGACCCCAGAGGAAUUUUGUUGUCCCAUUUUUGGGUCUUUAAUGGCUGAUCCGGUCAUUGUCUCUUCCGGUCACACCUACGAGCGAGCCUGCGUUCAAGCCUGCAAAACCCUAGGGUUUAUACCGAGUCUGGCGAAUGGUACUACUCCUGAUUUCUCCACUGUCAUCCCCAAUCUCGCGCUGAAAUCCACCAUUCUCAACUGGUGCCACAGGAACUCUGUAAACCCCCCAAAACCCCUUGACGUCUCUUCUGCAGAGAAUCUUGUCUAUACAUUAAUGGCGUCUGAGAACAAACUGCCAAAAGAAGGCCAAAGGGUAUCGUGUUCAGAGAAAGAGUUGAUUCGGGGGAUGAAAGAGAGCCCUUCAUUCAGAUUUAACCACGCAGUCACCGAGUUGUCUCGGCGCCCCACUCACUUCCAUUCUCAAUCGAAUGAAUCCGUGACUGCCACAUUUUUAUCACCGCCUCUGCAACUCGCAACUCGGCCGAGUUGCUAUUCCUCUGCUUCCUCCUCCUCGGAAAUAGAAACCUUAAACCCUAACCUCAACCCCAGCGAAGAAGAAGAAUUAGUCACAAAAAUGAGAAGCCCCCAAGUGUUUGAAGUCGAGGAAGCUGUGAUUUCACUUAGAAAAAUCACGAGAAACAGUGAGGACAGUAGAGCCAAUCUCUGCACACCCGGGUUGCUUUCGGCUCUCCGACAUCUAAUCAUUUCUCGGUACACCAACAUUCAGGUGAACGCAGUCGCGGCCAUAGUGAACUUAUCUCUGGAGAAAGUUAACAAAGUAAAGAUCGUUCGGUCAGGAAUGGUUCCUCCGUUGAUCGACGUGUUAAAGGGAGGAUCCCCGGAGGCCCAGGAGCACGCUGCCGGCGUGCUCUUCAGCUUGGCUCUCGACGACAGUAACAAGAUGGCGAUUGGGGUUCUGGGCGCAUUGCCGCCUCUGAUGCACAUGAUAAGAACGGGGAAUGAGCGGACUCGGCAUGACUCGGCCUUGGCUCUUUACCACCUAUCGCUCGUUCAAAGCAACCGGACCAAGCUGAUAAAACUCGGCUCGGUUCCGGUUCUAUUAUCCAUGAUCAAGUCGGGUCAGAUGGUGGGUCGGGUGCUACUGAUACUGUGUAACUUGGCUUCUUGUGAGGCGGGGCGGACCGCGGUGUUGGAUUCGGGUGGGGUGGAGUGUUUAGUGGGUGUGUUGAGUGGCACUGAGUUAAAUGGAUCAACUCAGGAGAGUUGCGUGGCGGUUUUGUAUGGAUUGAGUUGUGGAGGUUUAAGGUUUAAGGGGCUGGCCAAGGCGGCAGGCGCAGCGGAAGUGCUGUGUAAGGUGGAGCAACAAGGGAGUGAGCGGGCGAGGGCGAAAGCAGGGAAGAUAUUGGAGAUGAUGAAAGCGAGGAUUGAAAAAGAGGAGGAAGUAGAUUGGGAGGAGUUGCUGGACUCGGGGUUGAUUAGUCGAACUCGGUUUCGACUCGGCUGCGGGAAGGACGGGUUAGAUGAGACUUCUGCGAGGCCUAUUGAGCAAAACAGCAAUGGUAUUUCCGUCGUCUGUUUAGCCGCAGAGGAGAAGGCUGAGUUUAGAGCUCUUUUCAAGGAGGCUAUCAUUGUGAAAGGUUAUGGGAAAACUGCUGGCUACCGUUUCCUUAUUGAGAGAGUUAAAAAUCUUUGGAAACCUGCUGGUCAACUCAAAUGCAUUGAUCUUGGCCAUGACUUCUUCAUCAUCAAACUCUCUCUUUUGGAAGAUUUGGCUUUCGUUCUCAAGGAAGGGCCGUGGUUUAUACGGUGAACGGACAGGAAAGUUGUUCAGGCACAUUGCUUAACUCCUUGUAAUUCAUAAUCAACCAACCCCCAUUUUCUCAUCACAAUGCGUCUAUUUGCUUGUCCUUGAGUGCAACAGUUUUAAGGUGGUUGUUGUUAGCUACCUUGAAUAAUUGAGUUCGGUGGCA